AUGGCUAAAAGAACAGCUUUAGAAGCAAAUUUGUCGCCUUUAGCAACACAAAGUUCUUCAAAUAUUGAAAUUGACUCCUUAAAUUCUCUUAUAAAUGGUCAAAUUAAUGUUGUUAGGAAAUCACUCGAUACAAUCACUGAUUUCAUGCCUAUUAUUACAACAGAACAGAUGCCUAUCCUUCAAAGUUUAAUUGCAACACUCAGUGAUCAAUUUGAAACGUUGACAACAUCGUUGAAAAAUGGUUUAUCUGGAGGUUCUCGUAUGCGUGUAGAAGGUCAACUUCCCGAAAUUGAAUAUGCUAUGGAAUUUUGCUUUUACACGUCGCUUGUUGAUGAAAAAACAAACAAAGAGGUCAGAUCUGCAGUCAUCUGCAUUCAUCCAUUCUACUUCACAACAUAUGCCCAUUCAUCUAGACUUAAAUAUAAAGAGAAUGUCACCAAAAUUAAAGUUUGUAAGGGCAACAAAGAAUUCAAUACUACAGCAGUCUUCGUUUCACAUGAACAAGAUUUUGUGGUUCUAAAGUCGGAAACAAAAAUUUGUGAUUUCGGACCCCAAAUCUGUGAAAAGAUGUGUUCUGGAAGCAUUUAUCUUUGUGGCGGCUUUACUAAUGAAAUCGACAAACUCAAACCAUGUAGGAAAAAUGGUUGUCUUCAGAGUUCUAAAACUGAGAGGAUUAAAAGUGGUGGCGAAUUACGUGGUCCUUAUCUUAUUGCCGAUGUUACUGCUUCAGAUGUCGACUCUGGUUCUGCAGUUUUCUGCACUCAUGGCUUGAAGGGUAUUUGCAUUGGAGCGCUGGAAUUGCCAGAGUGUUCAUCUAAAGAUAUUUCUGAAGAAUCUGUUGCUUGUCUUUCUAAAUGUGCGGUUAUUGCAGCAAUUGAUAUUAUGCGUAUGGUUGAUUUGCUUGAAAGAGAAGCGCGAGGGGAUCCACAACCAACAUUUUCAUUUGGGGAUGAUUAA